ACAAAACUAGAAAAAAAAAAAAAAAAAGCUGUAAAUCAACACACAACACAACACAACCAAAGCCAAAGGUCACAUUCAACAACCUCGGCCUUACUACGUUUCAGUGCUUUUACCAACAGACACAACUUGUAUUUUUGCUACAACUACCAAAUCUACCUUCUGGCUCUUCACUUGUUAUUUACUAGAAAGCUUGAAACUUUGCAGACAAUUCUGAGACCCAGUUGCCGGAAGUGGCGGUUCCCAGUGGGAAUGGAGGUGGAGACUGAAAAAUCAGGGUCUGAUGGGAAGGGUUGGAGUUUUUGUAGAAUGCCAUUUUGGCAAACAACUCACACUCCUUCUUCUUCUACUACUUCCAUGUCUUACAUGCACAAUGUUCAUCCGCAAAAUCAGAAUAACUUUCAAUCUGUUGAUAGAUCCAGUCAUCAUUCUUCAACCACAGUUUCAUCUAUGGCCAAGUCUCUGCUCCCUACGAAGAGGAGGCUCCGUCUUGAUCCUUCCAACAAGCUCUACUUUCCAUAUGAACCUGGUAAGCAAGUUAGGAGUGCAAUCGCAAUUAAAAACACUUUCAAGUCUCAUGUAGCUUUCAAGUUUCAAACAACUGCACCCAAGAGUUGUUAUAUGCGCCCUCCAGCUGGUAUUCUUGCCCCUGGUGAAAGUAUUAUUGCCACCGUAUUCAAGUUUGUGGAGCCACCGGAGAACAAUGAGAAACCAAUUGAUCAAAAAAGCAAGGUUAAGUUUAAUAUUAUGAGCUUAAAAGUGCAAGGUGAAAUGGACUAUGUACCGGAACUGUUUGAUGAGCAAAGAGAUCAAGUGGCAAUAGAGCAAAUUCUGCGGGUUAUUUUUCUGGACCCUGAAAAGCCUAGUCCUGUCCUGGAUAAGCUUAAACAAAUGUUGGCUGAGGCCGACGCUGCACUUGAAGCGCGAAAGAAACCACUGGAGGAGAAAGGUCCUUGUGUUGCUGGGGAGGGCCUUGUUAUAGAUGAAUGGAAAGAAAGAAGAGAAAGAUACUUGGCUCAACAGCAGGUCCAAGGUGUUGAUUCAGUGUAAAGCAUUUCUUUCUUCCUUUUUGUUGGGUCAAGCCCUUAAUUAUCUUCAAUGUAUGUUCUGAAAUUGAAUUCCUAGCUCACUGAUCUGAUCUGUCUCACGUGGUUGAGUGGCCUAGAAAGUUGCUAUGAAGCAAUAAUGAAAUCCUUUCAUUUUUCUUUUCAAUUAUGUUUGUGAUGUUAAAUGCGAGUGAAUUAAUACUAUAAUCAGCUGUACUUAAUUGUACUUUUACAUCAUAAUCUAUAAUUUAUACAUAUCUGGUUUUU